AUGACAGAAGUUUCUCCUGUCAAUGAAGACCCAAAUGAUGAUGUUUUUGUAAAUAUGAAAUUUAAUGAGUUGAGUGAAGAAGAGAAAGAAAAUCCUGAUAUGGAUAGUGGUAUUAUAGCUAAAUCAAAUGAGCUGUUGGAUGGAUUAAAGAAGUUAUAUGCUGACAGUGAUGAUAGUGAACAAAUUCGUUCGAUGACAAUUGCUCCAAAAGAAUGGGGUCGACAGAAAAUUGAAAAAUGGUCUAACUCAAAGCCAAAUCAGAAUCGACGAACGCUUGUUCUUCGAAAAAACAAUGGAAUAUUAGCCUAUACACAAUGCCUACGAGGGAAUAUUCCUUUAUCUGAUUCAACAAUUGAUGCUGUGGUCGAUUUCUAUCGCGAAGAUGGUACUAGUCGGACCUCAUUCAAUUUCAAAGACACAAUUAAAAUCAACGGACAAUCAGUGGUACUUCGGUUUUUAGAAAUGACUGCCUUGGAUGCUUAUCAGAUCUUCAAUGAACGACAUCCGAGAACUGUUGCAAGAUCAACUUUUAACGCUCUUCGACCACGUAAAGUAAAAACUAUAACACCACAUGAAACGUGUCUGUGUAUUAUACAUGGGAAGAUGGAUCUAUUAUUGAUGGGAUGGAACAACUACUACCGAAAGUGUGUUAAUGUAGGAUCUUUAUCAACUAAUGGCAAGUUCAAUAUGAAGGAUCUAAUCACUCAAAUGGUUUGCACUGCCUCAAAUGAAAAGUGCUUCGAUGAUGAAUGUGAUGAAUGUUCAACGGAAAGCAUUACAGAUAUUCUCACAGAUAACAACAUAAUGGAUUUGGAUGGCGAAUAUUCAUGGAGUCUGGGAAAAAGUCAAUAA